AUGUCUGACAGGUUUGCAGUAGAAGCCAUCAGUACCAAAACCAUGGGUGCAUCUUCCACUGACCUAGAGAGCAGUGGCACCUGCAGUGAUAGCUGGUGCCCUCUGAGCAUGCACUGCUGGCUGGGAACCGUCAUCCCACAUCAGUAUGGCCAUCCUGAAGACAUCAUCACAAAACCAGAAGUGGUCCAUGCUUUGCCAGGCACUGAUGUGACCCUGGCAUGCACCUUCCUAAAGCCACACAGCACCUACAUCAUCCAAACACAGUGGUCCAAGACUGACGGCACCCAGCUUACCAGGAUAGCUGUUUAUCACCCCGAUUAUGGCACCCACUACUUCACAUUUCCUGAGGCUUCCUACAACUUCUCAGUGUCCUUCAGCACGAGGAAGUGCUGUGACCAGGAUGCUGCAAAAGCUUUGUGUCCCCCUGAUGCAAACACCACAGCUGAGUGCAGCCAGUGGGCUCUACAUCUGACAAACAUUACCACCUCCCUCAGUGGCCACUAUGAGUGCAGCUUUUCUACCUACCCCCAUGGGAACAGAGCUGCAGGAAUUCAACUCCUCAUCAAGGCAGAAAAGGAGCAGCACUACAUGAAGGAAGUGCAGUUAAACCAGGCUUUAGAAAUCCCAUGCCUUGAGAACACCACCUCAGAACAUUUGUCCCAUUCUCCUUUGAAGUGGCUAGUGAAUCUGCUAACAAGAGACAGUGAGGGUUUCCAUCAGCUGAGAUCAACGCUGAUGUUGCAGGAGACCUACCAGACAUUCCUGUGUGCAUGUCUGAUUCCCUUCCUUGGGAGUGAAACACAGAAUGUUUCAUCAGAAAAAAUUUUUCUCUUCACAGACAAUAAGCCUAAUGAAGCCUCAUCUGAAGCUUUUACAACCGUGGCUUCAGAAGCAGGAGUGCUGACUUCUGCUCCAGAGACAAAAAGAGGCAUCAGCUCCACAGCACUUAGGGAGAGUUUGACAACAGCAUAUUUGAAGAGUUCCAGCACCGAAUCCCUACAAAGCCUCAAGGAUGCCACACGCUCCCCCAAGAACACAACCCCGCUGCCUCGUGACUUGUCCUUCAGCAUCACAGAGCAGCCAGUUUCAGUUACCAGAGAGAAAGAUUUCUUUACCACCAGCAGCCUGCUCAAUAGCACCUGUGACUUGUGGAACACGAAAGGCAGUCACUUCCCCUGGCCAACUAUGGUAGCCGUCCUGCUCCUCCUCUGCAGCUUUCUAAUAGUUCUAGGCAUCAGGAAAUGGUGUCAGUACCAGAAAGAGAUUAUGAACAGACCUCCACCUUUCAAGCCACCACCUCCCCCGAUAAAGUAUGCCUCCAUGGUGGAGUCUGAUGGGACUGCCCCAUCCUGCCAUGAACUGGAGAACCUGUGA